UGUCUCAUUGAAAAUGGAUGCCAACAUUGUUGUAAUGGGGACAGAAAGCGUCGGAAAGUCAGCGCUGACUGUGCGUCUCUUAACUCGGAGGUUCAUCGGAGAGUAUGGAGAUAUUGAAUCCAUCUACAGUCACAGUUUUUUGAUAGAUGGGAGGGAAAUCACUCUCAAUAUUUGGGAUUCACCUUAUUCUGAGGAUUUGUCUGUGGAGACGUCACUCUUUGAGAAGAAAGUCCAAUGGGCAGAUGGCUACGUUCUUGUCUACAGCAUCUGCGACAGGGCCAGUUUCAACACCGUCAGCAGGCUCAUUCAGACCAUCAAGUCCACUAAAGACUACCUGAACGCAGACAAAGCGCCCAUAGUGGUUGUGGGUAACAAGAGGGACCUGCACCACAGACGGACAGUGCUGAGCGAGGAGGGCCGACUUCUGGCUCUCAACACAGACUGCCACUUCUACGAGGUGUCGGCGGCCGAGAACUACCACAGCGUACUCAUGAUGUUUCACGGUCUGGUGGACAGGAUGAAGGAUGCAAAGCUGGCCACGAAGCGGCCUCUGGGGUUCAGGGGCAUAGUGAAAAGCAUGUCCGCAGUGUUUGCCAGGAGACGGACAGACUCCUUGGAGUAAGAGCAUUACGGAAGAAGAGUUUUCUAUGAACUCUGCAUAAGAGAGAUUACACAUUAUGAGUAUUUGAUUGGAUGGAUAUCACAGUCUGUCAGUGAAAUACUACCAUGUUACUGUGCCAAAGGUAAUGAUCAAGUCCCCUGAGGCAGAGACACUGCAGAGAUGGGAACUGCUUUUCAUUAAAAAGUGUGGAAAAGCCAUUCAGCUUAAAAAAACAUGGAGAAAAACAAUGUCAAAGAUGUUCUUUGGUGACAGGUUUUGACGUUUGCUGCACUUCGAGGCUGGGCUGAUGAUAUGCAAUAUGUUGAAGCUGUGGUUCCAGAUUGGAAAAAAAAUCUAGGCACACAUUAAGUGUGCCUUUUACUCAUGAUGAUGAUGAUGAUGAUGAUGAUGAUGAUGAUGAGCAAAGAUUUGAAAUGCUCUGGAAUCACUGGAAAAAGUGUCUGUAAUUCUUGAAGGUAAAACAUGUUGUAUUUAUUUUCACUGUAAAGCAAGAGACCGAAAUAAGUGUUUUAUAUAAUAAUAAGCUCUUUCAUGUUUAAUUCAUAAACUAUAGGCCAUGUAUUGACUGCAUUGUUUAACUAAUCCUUGAUUUAUGUCUUACAAGGAUAUAAAUAAAGUAUAACAUGUGA